AAACCCCAGUUGGAGCAGUUUACAUAUACGGUCAAAAUACGGCUAUCAAUAAUUGAUCAAUUGAGGUUUUUGAAGCCUUUGUAAAAUUGAGAAAUGGUGGAACCAAAUACGCUAUACGUCCAAUAUGAGUGCGGGUAGAUGAUCUAAUACACAAUAGAUUGUAGUAAACCCACCAUCCUACAGGGAUGAUCCGCUCCAGACGCUUCUGACUGCAGGAAGACCGUUACAUGCUCUCUACUUCCGGAUUAUUCGCUCAAUGAUCGCUUCGUAGUUCAACAUUGACUGAUGUUUCAGAGCCAGUGUUAAUAAAUGCGUGUGUCGCUGAGAGUCUAGCUCUACGACGUUUUCAUCUAGACUCGCGCAACUGUUGGAUUUCACGCGUUUAAAUGAAACUUGUAAGGUGAGUAAAUGCGGCGACGACAAAAUAAAUGAUUCGUUUAGCUAUUUUACUGAACAUAGCGAGGAAGUCUUGUCAAUGCUGUCGUUUUCCUAUCCGUCUAGAGCUGUCUUUUGUGAUGACACCCACGCGCCGCGAAGAAAAGCUAACGGUUGUGUGCUCACGUGGGUAAUUUAAAUGGGUUUAAAAAAAACUGUCGAUUCUUGAAAGUUACGUUUUACUGUUAAUAUGAUGGUGGUUUCCUAUAAAUGAGUGUUGAUAAUUAAAAAAAACGCGGUGUUCCCUGAACACAUUUACGUGUUGCCUGACUGAGGUUUAAUGGAGUGGUAGAAAAAGACGAUGUUUUAAUGCUUAUUUGCGAAGAACUGUGACUAUUGUUCAAAUCUGACUAAACGUAAACCGCGGGAGCGUGAGAUUGAGCUCUCAGGGAUUCAUUAUCGUGCACGAGCGGAUGACAUCUGGAUCUAUCAGUGGCUUCGUGAGGAUGUGCGGAUAGCAAGUGCUAAUGGAUUUGAGUGAUGCUGGACUGGCUCUUAAGUGACAUCAGCACUGUGUAAGGAUGUGUAAGGAUGAAAGACUCCUCUGCUGUGGUUCUCCAUGGUUACCAGACACUGCCAGCCAACUGCAAAAGUUAUGAUCAGUCACAUGAUCAUUUGACCUAUAUGAUUUAUGAACAAUCGUGCACCAUCUAACAAGAGAUAUCAGCCAACAGAAUAUGAGCACGCUGCUAACUGCGCCACACAUGCGCUCUGGAUCAUUCCCAGCAUUGUGGGAGGGAUCUUGUUGUACUUCUUAUCUGAUGACCACUGGGAGGAGAUCUCAGCAUGGCUUUAUGGGGCAGGACUAUCAAGUCUUUUCAUCAUAUCCACAGUUUUCCAUACCGUCUCCUGGAAAAAGAGUCACCUCCGAUCGGUUGAACACUGUUUCCACAUGUGCGACAGGAUGGUGAUCUAUUUCUUCAUUGCUGCAUCGUACACACCUUGGCUGACGCUGCGGGAGCUCGGUCCAUGGGCUGCCCACAUGCGUUGGGUUGUCUGGGUCAUGGCCUCUGGAGGAACUGCCUAUGUAUUCUUCUUCCAUGAAAGGUUUAAAGUUGUAGAGCUGAUUUGUUACAUAGCAAUGGGUGUUUUUCCCGCCCUUGUCAUUCUCUCUAUGGCGGACAGGUCAGGUCUGUGUGAGCUGUUGGCUGGUGGCGGGUGUUAUGUGUUGGGCAUGGUGUUCUUUAAAAGCGAUGGAAUAGUGCCCUUUGCUCACGCUAUAUGGCACCUCUUUGUUGCAAUGGGAGCAGGCAUCCAUUACUAUGCCAUCUGGAAGUACCUGUACACACCUCUCAAUCAACCAACCAGUACGGCCCGGUGACACAAACAUGCAUACACCUAAUCACACAAUCAUUUGAAGUGCUAAAAUUCUAAAAUAUUGUUUUUUUUCUGUUGUGUUUUUGCUAGCGAACAGUUUGACUGAUGUAACUCUUGUCACUUAUUAAUAGGUCUUUAACUAGCACAUACAACAGAAAUUACAACUAGCCUUUGUGAGACUACAGGCAAGCAGGGGUCAUUUUGGACCUGAAGCCGUGUGCGAUCCUGAGACUGAUGAUAAGGAUCCAGAACAUGAACAUUUCUGGAAAAGUCUAUGGAUGAAUUACAGUACAUGAAGGUUUACAAUUUUUUAAAAAGGUAUACACCGAGCAAAUGUAAAAUCACUGCCAGAUAUUUGUAAAAACACUCAUCCUGGAUAGUAAUUACUUGACUACAGUUUAAAGGUAUUUCUGUAGUGUUUUUUAAAUCGAUGUAGGAUUAUUCUGCCAAUUCUGCCACUGCCAGUGGGGAGAUAUUCUUAUUUCUUUCAGAAAUAUGAGUAUGUUUCGUAUUACUGUACACAGUAUCGAUUCUCCAUGCUUCUAGUCUAGUGCAAGUCUGUUGCAUUUUUGGAUGUGUAAUGUCUUUGGAAAAUGCCACAAGUGCUUGAUGACAAUGUCCAGGGAAAGAUUUGCCAUAUGAUUUCAUGGCUUAAAGGAUAAGUUUAGGGUUUUUCGACUCAUACCACAUUAUGAUUGUGUUUUUUCUUUCUUUCGGGUAACUAAAAUUUAAUAUAAUUUUAAAAAUACUUUUUAAUAUUCUAAGUAAUAUUAAAUGACUAAAUCAACUUGACUACAAUGGGGUUUUAGCAACUAAAUUAUUUAGGGGUUAGGUCACAUAGCUCACUUGCAUGGGGUUUUAAAGUGCCUCUAUUAUGCUUUUUUUACCUUUCAUGUAGUGUGUAAUAUGUAAAAGGUCUGCAAAGAUCAAAGUGCACGACAAAUUAACUUAUUGUCUCCUAAAAGAGAGAAUCGAUUCUGAACUGAGUCGUC